GAAGAAUGUCAAAGAUUAGUAAAAUGUUCUGUUACGGUAAUGAACCAGCCUUAGGUGGAUGCCAACUUGUCUCCUUGUCUUUUACAGUUCCCAGCACAAUACAUGUGUUUUGUUCUACUUUGUAGCCCUCUGUCUCUCUGACACACAUACCAGUAAUUCAAAUGAAAUCAAUUGGGCGGGGGAACAGGUUAGGCCCAUGUAGAGAAAACAAUAGGCUUUGGGUAGCUUUGUGUAGAAGAUCUGUUGGAUACCGGUUAAAUCAUUCCUAGGUGAACUAUCCGAUGCAUUUCCGAUGACCGGUCCUUUGUGACGCGCAGUAAUUCCAGGAUCACUUCCGGAUUGCUUGUCGUUCGUGGCUACAAGCAUGUUAUUAACUGGUUUACAAUUAGUAAAACAUUCGUAGACAAAGCAAACGUAGUGUUCACAACAUUAUUUGCUACAAUCUGUAGCGUUCAGGAAGGAACCGAUGCAUUAAAUCCCGUGUCUAACGGGAUCCUCCAUCUAACGUUUGUAACAACAGUCAGCAUUUGGCCCACGCGACAAAAUGGACUCGGAAUUUUCGGCAGCGGACAAUGCAGGUCUCCCUCUCCUCUCCCUCUGCCUCUUGGUUCCACCCAUUCAGCUUAUGUCCGCGUCCAUAUGGCAGGUGGUGCAACAGCGAGAUGCCAUGAAUUAUGCAAUGCUGGCAGAGUUUGUCUCCCUGGUGACAGAGAUGGUCCCUGAGUUGCUGAUCUAUAGGCACAGGGCCCAACUUAUUUUGGGAUUGCGAGCAAGGCACAUUCUGGAGUUGUGUCGCAGUGAGCAUCCUGUAGAACCUCAGGUCAUCUUAACCCAGCUGUACAUGAUUCAACCACUUACCCACUUCAGUAAUGAUGUAAGUGACACAGAGGUGGAGUCGUCAGAGACUCAUUUUCUGGAGCUGGUCCAGACCCUGCUUAAAGACCCUGAUGAGAGAGAGCAUUUUUUCACAGAGAUAUUCCCAGUGGAGUAUGGACCACAAUAUGACAUCGAGCUGCAAACUCUACUGUGGGAGUUCCUGUCCAGAUUGGUUCAACUGCUACCGACCCCUGACCUCGCACAGACAAUGGCAUGGCUCGGUACUGCCCCCUCAGUCUUGGAUGAUUGUGCCCAUGUUAUAUCUCAUCCAGCAGAUCUGAAGAGUCUUCUCCAGCACCAUAAACGUCUUGGACAUUUGGAGCAACAUGGUGGGUGA